CUUCAACCAAUCGGCCGUGGGGAGGGCGGGACUUCCUGCGCGGGAGCCGGAGCUUUUCAGUCGCCGGGUUCUCCGUGGUUCGGGCUCGCGUGGUGGUGGUAGCGGCGGCGUCUCCGUGAGGAGGCGCGCGGGACCAUGACGUCAGCGUCCACAAAGGUCGGAGAGAUCUUCUCCGCUGCCGGCGCUGCCUUCACCAAGCUCGGGGAGCUGACGAUGCAGCUACAUCCUGUGACCGACUCUUCACCUGCGGGUGCGAAGUGGACGGAAACGGAGAUAGAGAUGCUGAGGGCUGCUGUGAAGCGAUUUGGGGACGAUCUUAAUCACAUCAGCUGUGUCAUCAAGGAACGGACAGUGGCUCAGAUAAAGGCCACUGUGAAACGCAAGGUAUAUGAAGACUCUGGCAUCCCUCUUCCAACUGAGUCACCCAAGAAAGGGCCCAAGAAGGUGGCUUCUGGUGUCUUGUCACCUCCUCCAGCUGCCCCUCCACCCAGCAGCUCCAGUGUCCCUGAGGCUGGGGGUCCGCCCAUAAAGAAACAGAAGGCUGAUGUGACACUCAGUGCUCUGAACGACUCCGAUGGCAACAGUGACCUAGUGGACAUUGAAGGGCUGGGAGAGACUCCUCCAGCCAAGAAACUCAGCUUCGACCAGGACAGCCUGACCCUGGAUUCUGGCCUUCUCAUGACCUCUGCUGAUCUUCCUCUACUCUCCCACUGAGCCUGCCACAUCUGACCCCUUUCACUGUUCACCCUGGACCUGUUGGAUUGCUGGGGUAUUCUGAGCAAGGACUGCACAAGAGAGGGCCAGAAAGUUGCUGUCCCUAUAUAAGUGUCUCCCCCAACCCCUUUGCCUUCCAUCUGAUGGACAUUUUUAUAGAAAACAAUAAAGAUUUCCCUCUUA